UUUGCCGCUGUGUUGGUCACGUGAUAAGGGCGGAAACUGACUCAUAGACCACGCCGAAUCUCCCGCCGCACGCAGCCAUUUGCUCUUUCCUUGGUUCGAAAUACCACUGAUUUCGCAGACAUGUCCCUGGACGAUAGUGCAGCGGCUACUUUUAAGCUUGUGCUGGUGGGUGAUGGAGGCACCGGUAAAACAACUUUUGUGAAGAGACAUCUUACAGGAGAGUUUGAAAAGAAAUAUGUUGCUACUCUGGGAGUGGAGGUGCACCCACUGACUUUUCACACAAAUAGAGGCGCCAUCAGGUUUAAUGUGUGGGACACAGCUGGGCAGGAGAAGUUUGGAGGCCUGAGAGAUGGCUACUAUAUUCAAGCCCAGUGUGCCAUCAUCAUGUUUGAUGUCACUUCACGAGUCACCUACAAGAAUGUGCCCAACUGGCAUCGUGAUCUGGUGCGCGUGUGUGAAAACAUUCCCAUUGUGCUCUGCGGUAACAAGGUCGACAUCAAAGACAGGAAAGUCAAAGCCAAAAGUAUCGUCUUUCACCGCAAGAAGAACCUGCAGUACUACGACAUUUCUGCCAAGAGUAACUAUAAUUUUGAGAAGCCUUUCCUGUGGCUGGCAAAGAAAUUAGCCGGGGAUCCCAACAUGGAGUUUGUAGAAAUGCCCGCUCUCGCUCCCCCUGAAGUUGCAAUGGACCCAGCCAUGGCUGCCAAAUAUGAGGAGGAGCUUAGUGUUGCUGCACAAACGGCACUCCCAGAGGAAGAUGAUGACCUCUAACAUGUUCCGCUGUCUCCCUUCUUCUCCCUCCCCUCUGUGGGUCAACUUGUUGGAAAUCUACCCCCAUAACUGUUAAAACCCUCUGAUGUUUUCCCUCCUCUUUUGGGGGGGGUGUUUGUUUCCUGUUUUAUUUUGUUUUAAAACUCAGUUUUGAAAGGAUCUGGUGGUAAAAUGGUCAUUGUUUCAUUGUAUAGACACCCUCCUUAGUGUAAUUAGCAUGACAUGCUUCUCUUUGUUGAGCACCAUCCAUUACACUUAGCCAGCUUGCAAUGCUGUUGAACGGUGUGUUGGAAGCACUAAGGGAGGAAAGUUUGAAUAAAGAUGUUCUCAAGACA